AUGAUGAAAAUAUUGUUUUUAGUCUUGUGCUUGGUAAAUAGACUGCAUAAAGUUCAUGGUAUUGAAAAAGAUGAUUUGGAGUUGGAAACACAAUUACGAGUCAUCAACAAACCUCCUGUCAAGAGUAUUCAAACAAAAUUUGGAUAUAUUGUUGAUUGUAUUGAUAUUUACAAACAACCAGCGUUUGACCAUCCAUUGUUAAAGGACCACAGAUUACGGAGAAAACCUAGCUUUCAAAAUUCAAUUGAAAAAAAUAGUGUGAAGAAUUCAUCGGCUACACCCAUUAUUGGACUUGAGAAAGACCAAUAUUGUUCAACGGGAACUGUUCCUAUUCGGAGAACAACAAAAGAUGAUCUCAUUCGAAGCAGGUCAUUAUUUCAUAAUCAGACCAAGCUUCAAGGUUUCCCUGGUGCUCAUAAUGCAGAGGUGUAUCUUCGAUCAUUUGAUGGUCCUUAUUACAAAGUUAGUGGGCAAAAUAGCAUUUAUAAUCCUAGAGUUCUGAGGAACGAUCAAACAGCAAUCUCUCAUAUAUGGGUUCUGAACGGACCAACAUAUGGCACUAACAAAAUCGCUUUCGGAUGGCAUUCGGAUAAUUACAGGAAGACAGGAUGUUACAAUAUGCACUGUGCAGGAUUUGUCCAGACUCAUAGAGGAAACUACCUUGGUGCACGCCUGGACCAGACAUCUGUCUAUGGGGGAAUUAUUGUUGAGUUUGCACUUUCUAUUACACAGGACAGUGCAACUAAAGACUGGUGGCUGAAUGUGGGAGGACAGAAUGUUGGAUAUUUUCCGGCAAAAUUGUUCUCCAACUUGAAAUCAGCGAAUCAAGUGGGGUGGGGUGGGAGAACAUUGACUCCUCCUGGCACCCCCAGUCCUCAAAUGGGAUCUGGAUAUUUACCAGAUGGUAACUUUCUUCAUGCAUGUUAUUUUCGGCAUAUCUCUUUUCAAAAUGCAACUAGAAAAGAUUUUCCACCUCAACAAUUUCAAGCAGACACCAUCGUUGACAAACCUGAUUGUUUUGAUGCUAAAUACUACGGAGAUCUAGGAGGUCAAGUUGGAUAUUCUCUCCAAUUUGGGGGACCCGGUGGCCGCUGCGGCAAUUGA